AUGGGGCCCCCGGGCAAUAGGGGAUCAUGGGGCCCCUGUGUCCUUGCCCAAACUCAAAAAAAACCUAUGAAAAAGGUACCAGGAGCAUCUCAUGGGGCCCUCUACUGACCCCGGGCUCUUGGGCAGUGCCUGAGUUUCCAAAUGGUCAGUCUGCCCCUGUUGCAUGUUCUUGCCUUUUACAACCAACUAUAUUGGUACACACUCCAGGAAUAUAUAUGGGUUUGUGGUGGUUUGCAUUGUUUUAGGUUCUUCAGGACUUUUUUUAGUUUUAUUCAAACUUUAUAA